CUUGGUUCAGCAUACACUCCGCUUUUAGAACUUAUAGUAACUAGUAAUUAGAAUGAGAGAAAUUAUUCAUUUGUCUACCGGUCAAUGUGGUAAUCAAAUUGGUGCAGCUUUUUGGGAAACCAUUAACGGUGAACAUGGAUUAGAUAAUGAUGGGAAUUAUCACGGUACUGACGAACUUCAAAAAUCCAAAUUGAAUGUUUAUUAUAAUGAAGCAUCUUCUGGUAAGUACGUUCCAAGAGCCGUUUUGGUUGAUUUGGAACCAGGUACCAUUGAUAGUGUUAAAUCGUCCCAUAUUGGUAAUUUAUUUAGACCAGACAAUUUUAUUUUUGGACAAUCCUCUGCCGGUAAUGUUUGGGCAAAAGGUCAUUAUACUGAGGGGGCUGAAUUGGUUGAUUCUGUUUUGGAUGUAGUUAGAAGAGAAGCUGAAGGUUGUGAUUCUUUACAAGGUUUCCAAAUUACCCAUUCUUUAGGUGGGGGUACUGGUUCUGGUAUGGGGACUUUACUUAUUUCUAAAAUUAGAGAAGAAUUCCCAGAUAGAAUGAUGGCUACUUUUUCAGUUGUUCCUUCUCCAAAAGUUAGUGAUACUGUUAUUGAACCUUAUAAUGCUACUUUAUCUGUUCAUCAAUUAGUUGAAAAUUCCGAUGAAACUUUCUGUAUUGAUAAUGAAGCUUUAUAUAAUAUCUGUCAAAAAACUUUGAAAUUACCAACUCCAAAUUAUGCUCAAUUGAAUAGUUUGGUUUCAAGUGUUAUGUCUGGGGUUACUACUUCUUUACGUUAUCCUGGUCAAUUAAAUUCUGAUUUAAGAAAAUUGGCAGUUAAUUUAGUUCCUUUCCCAAGAUUACAUUUCUUCAUGGUUGGUUAUGCUCCUUUAACUGCUCUUGGUUCUACUUCUUUUAGAUCUUUAACCGUUCCCGAAUUAACUCAACAGAUGUUUGAUUCUAAAAAUAUGAUGGCUGCUUCUGAUCCAAGAAAUGGUCGUUAUUUAACUGUUGCUGCUUUCUUUAGAGGUAAGGUUUCAGUUAAAGAAGUUGAUGAUGAAAUGCAUAAAGUUCAAACUAGAAACGCUGAUUAUUUCGUUGAAUGGAUUCCAAAUAAUGUUCAAACCGCCGUUUGUUCUGUUCCUCCAAAAGAUUUAGAUAUGUCUGCUACUUUUAUCGGUAAUUCUACUUCUAUUCAAGAAUUAUUCAAAAGAGUCGGUGAUCAAUUUAGCGCAAUGUUUAGAAGAAAAGCUUUCUUGCAUUGGUAUACUUCUGAAGGUAUGGAUGAAAUGGAAUUCACCGAAGCUGAAUCAAAUAUGAAUGAUUUAGUUAGUGAAUAUCAACAAUAUCAAGAAGCUGCUGUUGAAGAUGAAGAAGAAUUGGAUUACGCUAUGGCUCUUGCAAUCCUUUUUUUAAUUCUUGAUGUUGAUAUAUAUGUAUCUACUAUUCCUUCUUUUAUAACUUGA